CGAGCCCCCCCCUUCCCCCGCCGCCCGACACCGGGGCGCAGCCCGCCGCGAGGCCGCCCGGCGCGGGGACCCGCACAGUGAAGCUGGAGCCUCCCUGUGGUGGAGCAGUGACUGUUGCUUGAAAUUGCCAUCUUUGCGGACUGCUUGCUGCUUCCUCACCUGAGGAUUUCAAGAGUACAAAAGAAUAACCUCUGCUCAGAUCCUUCCUUGAUAAUGAAGAUACAAUAUUUGUGAAUGAAUUUAGCUGAAUAUGGAUCCAGGUGGUGGAAGUCUUGGAUUGCAAACUCAAGAAUCCAAAAUGCCUCACGCUAUGAUUAUGCAGGACUUUGUGGCUGGAAUGGCCGGCACUGCUCACAUUGAUGGAGAUCAUAUUGUUGUGUCGGUCCCUGAAGCUGUCCUAGUUUCUGAUGUUGUUACUGAUGAUGGAAUAACUCUUGACCAUGGCUUAGCAGCUGAAGUUGUGCAAGGACCUGACAUCAUCACGGAAACUGAUGUUGUAACAGAAAGUGUUAUUGUUCCUGAUUCUGUUCUGGAAACUGAUGUGGCUAUUGAAGAAGCACUAGAUACCAGUGAUCAUGUUUUGACUUCUGAUCUAAUAACAGAAGCUGUUAGAGUUCCUGAUCAGGUGUUUGUGGCUGACCUUGUUACGGGUCCUGAUGGACAUUUGGAGCACGUGGUGCAAGACUCCGUGUCAGGAGCCAACUCACCUACGAUGGUCUCGGAAGAAGUCCUUGUAACGAACUCAGAUUCUGAAACAGUCGUUCAGGCAGCUGGUACUGUUCCUGGCUCUACAGUGACUAUAAAAACAGAAGAUGAUGAUGAUGGCAAGAGUACAUCUGAAGACUACUUAAUGAUAUCUUUGGAUGAUGUUGGAGAAAAACUGGACCACAUAGGAAGCACUCCCUUGAAAAUUAGUACUGAGGUGACGAAUGAUGAAGUGGCUAAGGAUGAUGGGUUUGGUUCCGAAGUUAUCAAAGUGUAUAUAUUUAAAGCUGAAGCUGAAGAUGAUGUUGAAAUAGGUGGGACAGAAAUUGUUACAGAGAGUGAUUUUCACAAUGGACAUUCAGUAGCUGGAGUAAUUGAACAAGGAGGUGUUGGUAGAAUGCAGCGGGAAAAAAUGGUUUACAUGGCUGUUAAGGACUCUUCUCAGGAAGAUGAGGAUAUUAGCUGUGCUGAAAUAGCAGAUGAAGUUUACAUGGAAGUUAUUGUAGGUGAAGAAGAAGCUACAUCACUUCCAGACACACAGCUUGAAGAGACUGGUGUGAAUAAAACCUUUGUCCCUGUUGCUUGGGCUGCUGCUUACGGAGAUGACAGAAGACUACCCAGAAGAUAUGAAGAUGGUCAAGCGGCAGGGAAUAACUUGGAUACACGAUUAGAAAACAAAAACGGUAAUGCAACACAAUACCUGCAGAUUUGUGAUAGCAUUAGCACUAAUAGAGUGCUAAAACAAAAAACCAAGAAAAGGAGGAGAGGAGAGGCCAGGCAAUGGCAAACAGCUGUUAUAAUAGGUCCUGAUGGACAGCCCUUAACAGUUUACCCUUGUCAUAUAUGUGGGAAAAAAUUUAAAUCCAGAGGAUUCUUGAAAAGGCAUAUGAAGAAUCAUCCAGAUCAUAUGAUUAAGAAGAAAUACCAGUGUACAGACUGUGACUUCACAACUAACAAAAAAGUAAGUUUCCACAAUCAUCUGGAAAGCCAUAAACUUAUAAACAAAGUUGAUAAAACCCAUGAGUUUACAGAAUAUACAAGAAGAUACAGAGAAGCAAGCCCGUUGAGUUCUAAUAAACUUAUACUGAGGGACAAAGAGCCUAAACUGCACAAGUGCAAAUAUUGUGACUAUGAAACCGCAGAGCAGGGGCUACUCAAUAGACACCUACUUGCAGUUCACAGUAAGAACUUCCCUCAUGUGUGUGUUGAGUGCGGGAAAGGAUUCCGUCAUCCGUCAGAGCUGAAAAAGCAUAUGAGGACCCACACUGGGGAAAAGCCAUACCAGUGUCAGCACUGUGUCUUCAGGUGUGCUGAUCAGUCCAAUCUGAAAACUCACAUCAAAACCAAACACGGGAAUGACUUGCCAUUUAAAUGUGAGCACUGUCCCCAGGCUUUUACAGAUGAAAAGGAACUGCAGCAGCACACAGAAUUGUUUCAAGGGCAUAAGACUCAUCAGUGUCCACACUGUGACCAUAAGAGCACCAACUCGAGCGACCUGAAGCGACACAUUAUUUCAGUUCAUACAAAGGAUUUUCCCCACAAAUGCGAGGUGUGUGAAAAAGGCUUCCAUCGUCCCUCAGAGCUCAAAAAGCAUAGUGAAACCCAUAAAGGUAAAAAGAUACAUCAGUGUAGACACUGUGACUUUAAAACGUCAGAUCCUUUUAUACUGAGCGGGCACAUCCUCUCAGUUCACACCAAGGACCUGCCUUUUAAAUGCAAAAGAUGUAAAAGAGGAUUUAGGCAGCAAACUGAACUUAAGAAGCACAUGAAGACCCACAGUGGAAGAAAAGUUUAUCAAUGCCAGUAUUGCGAAUAUAGCACUACGGAUGCGUCAGGCUUUAAACGACAUGUAAUAUCAAUACACACAAAGGACUAUCCACAUAGGUGUGAGUAUUGCAAAAAGGGAUUCCGUAGACCAUCAGAAAAAAAUCAGCAUAUAAUGAGGCACCACAGAGAGGCCAUAAUGUAAUAUAUGAUGUCAAGAAGGAAGCAAUUUAGAAACUGAUAAUUGGGGAAAAAAAAAUCUCAUGAACUGUUUCUCCUGGUUUCAAAGCUCGAUAUUAAAUCAUAACUUUACAUUCUUUGUAUUGAAAGUCUUAAAAAUAUUAGGGUUGACAGGGGAUCUCAUAGCCCUAUGAUUGUUGCUUAUCAGAACCUGAAGAGCACUAUAGAAUGCAGAAAGAUGGAUGAAUGUCUUAAAUUUGCAGAAAGAUGAAUGAAUGUCUUCAAAUAAUAGUAUUACGCGUUGUUAAGCUGUGGAAGACAAAAAGAAGAUGAUUGUGUUACCCGUUUUGUCAGUGAGAGCAUUUGUCUCCAUACUAAAACAGUUCAGAUACGUGAUGGGAUUCUUCACAACUGGUUUGCUGAGGCAGCUGGGCCUGGCUUCUUGCGUGGUUUUGAGAGAAGAGUAUUCGUCAGUCACUUGAUCAUAACGUUUGCAAUUGUGCCUGGAAAUUACAUUCUAGAACUGGUCAGGUGGGGGGGUUGUCCUUUUUUCAACAAAAACAACAUUUCAUUGGGAAACUUUUUGGUUUCCUCUAUUAGUUUGGUCCAACAAGAAAUUUUUAAUGAUUUUCAAAGCUGCUAACCUAUUUUAUUGCAGGAUACAGUGUUAAAAAGACAGCGUUGUGUUAUGAUCUCGGAGGUGGUGUUCUGGUGCUAGGCUUAAAGACGUGUAUGUACAUAAUUUCCCUUUUUUACCUGAAACUACGGCUGAAUGUUGUUCAGUAUGGCACAUAAAAUUACGUUUGAAUCCGACUCUCUAUUUUUUGGAUGAAAUGGAUGCAGCUGAUGGUGUUGCUACUCAGCACUACCUUUUUUUCUCACUACUUUAAGAUCUCUAAAAGUACUAUUAAAAGAAAAUUGAAAAAAAAACCUAUAGUUUGUUUUUAAUUAAAAUUCAAAGUACUUAGAAGCUCUUUAGAGCACCGUUCUUAACAGGUAUGGCUGUUGUCCUGCCUCCUAUUAUGAAAUUUUCAAUAUAGACAUAAAAUUGCACCUUUUAAUCAAUUCUUAAAAAAAAAAUCUAUACCGUACUUUAAACGUGCAUUUUCAAUCUGUAAGGAAGUAUAUAUGCAGUAUUUAGCCAGAGGAAUAUGCUGCCGCUAGAGUUUGGAGAUGGAUCUUCAGUUUACAGUGUAUACAUUUAAAAUAUGCAUCCCUUUAAACAAUGCUUUGUGUUAGCAUGCUGCAAAUCAAAUGGCGCUUAAUAUAACGAGCUGGUCUAGGGCUAUUUAAUGAACAACCUGUUCAUAAGUGUUACGCAUAUAAUGUGUAUUUUUUACUCUUUUUAGUUGCUUCAUGUUUGCACACAGCUGUUCACAUGAGAAAUUGUAACUUCAUGCUAUAUUGUGGCUUUGUGUUUCAGAUAAUGUUCAUAUUUUGUUUUUGCACCAGAUGAGAAUCAGUUCCUUGAGAAAAUUUUUUUUUAUAUUUCUAAACUUCAGGAAGUGAAAUUUGGGAAAUCUCUUAGAAAAAUACGUGUUUUAUGUGGCUGUAAAAAAUGAUGUACACGCUGUAAAAUAAGAUUGUCACUGUUAUGUGGGAUUAUUAUUUCUAAAUGUGUUACUCAUCGUAACGGGCAUACAAUAAAAUGCAUCUCUUGCACUCCAAAUAUUUUGGAGUUUAUUUCUCAUUUAUGGUGAUUUAGGAAAGUCUCAUUUGGUGUAGUUUUGCCUUAAUGUUUUAGUGACAUUGUUAUUCCCUGGUUAAUAUGAAAUGCAGUAACAUCUCGAGUAAGCAGGUUACCCGAGGUACGCGUGUGUACCACUGCUGAGGGGCAGCGCUGCGCUUCCAGGUAACCCCUUAGAGUUACAGGUGAUGGACUUACAUUUGUUUCUAAAUAAUUAUCACAUGUGAUGCUGUCGUACCUUUGAAAUUCUUUCCUUUAAGUGAAGAGAACAUAAGAUGUCAGUUUUUGGGAAAAGGCAGGUAGGUAUUGUCUUUUAUUAACUGUAUAAUAAGAACAGCUGUCGAAGUGCUCAAUGUACUGCUUUCUUAAUUUUCUUCUCUUUUUAGAAUACUUGAAUUAUGACAUCAGUGAUAGAGUGGAACCUUUAAGAAAAGAAUGCAGUGUCCAAUGAACACUUCAUUGAGGAUUUCCAGCGUGCUUUUAGCCAGCCAGCACGUGGCUUUUGUAUGGACAAACUAUGCAGAUGUUAACGGAGUAGCCUGGUUUUUGUUUCUCAUGCUUUCUUCUGUAGGUCCAGCAGGCAGAGGAGGAGACAGUAACGUUCACAAAAUCUUAACAAUUAAUCUUGUGUUUUGUUGACAAUUUUAAUGCUUUAUUCCCGAAAAUUGUAUUGAAUACGUAGACUGGAGGAGAUUCUUCAUAGCAGACUGAAGAUGACCAUUGCGCGCUGGCUCAUUUUUCCACCUUCAGGAUGGACAGAACAACCAGUGGAAUAGCGAAAUGGACAGUGAAGCCUAGCUAAGAAGAUUGUGGAAAUAAGGUCUGUUGAAGGGAAAAAGUAACAGUAUUAAGUAUUGGUAUCCAUACGUUCUUGAAUUUCAACAGUGCCAAAAAAUUUCACAGCAGUUUGAGAAAGUUCCUCUGUUCUUCUCAAUGCACUUAGCCGGUAUAUAUUUAACUUGGGAUGGCUGUUCUGCAGAGGUGUCACGGUUUUUAAAAUGCAUGAUGUCAAAUCACAGUAAAAUUCUUCUCAGUGCAUCCCCAGAUCCCUGCUCUUUGCAGGCUGUGCCUGCCCUGCCUGGCUCCCCCGAGCUGGCAGCACUGCGCCUUCUGUGUACCCAGAGCGAUGGAGCUGUUAGGACGGGACAAAGCUCUCUGCAGGCAGCUGCUGCUUAUUUGUUUUCAGAGCAGAUCAGUUCCCGAGUGGUGGCAGCAGGUUUCAAAUGCCUGCAAUUAAAAGUGAUGAAAUUGAGGGAGUCUAUGGAAGAAUGCCAACAAAGUAAUCUCAAGCUUCUUUCUUUGGAACUGUUUGUGUAAUGGUUCCAGCUCCUCAAGCUCAGAUGAGCUCAUGGCAAAGACCACACAAGAGUGACUGAAGAACAGACACUAGGCACAUCAGGACAAAUGGAAGUCCUCACCAGCACAGCAUGCCAUUCUCUUCUGAGAGAAAAGUUUCAACAAACUGAACACUUGAUCACUACUAGGAAGAAGUCUAACCUCAUUCACUGCUCAAAUCUUGCAAGUCAAUGAAAGCAACUAAGCUUGGACUUCACAAGUUAAAUUUCAUCAUAAUGGACUUCUUACUGAGAGGGACCAGCAAAUGGAUGAGGCCACGGGGACUGAAAAGUACAACUUACCCCUAAGUCAUCCUGUAAAUGGCAGAGCUCUUCACGUAAGUUUUUGAAAGUGGAAAGCACAAGUCUCAAAGAUUUAUCUGAUGUCACUCUCAUCUAGGAGGAGAAAAAAAUAUAUAUAUUAUUCUAAUUAAUUAGUGAGUUUUGUUCACAGUAUGCUUAACUACAUGUAAAAGUGCAGAACUGCUAAACAGCUGAAAAUAACUCCUAGAACUACAACACGUGCCAUUCUUUGCAGUGCCCACAUUUUCUAAAAAGACAUUUUCAGCCACUUUGUUCUUUUUGAAUUAUUGCCUUACUGCACACAGGCGCUGAGAUGGUUAAGUAGCUAAGGAAGCCAUUUAUAAAUAGACCCAAACCUGAAAUGGUUUGAUUCUGUAAAUGUGCCAUGGCAAUGAGUGCUGUUACAGGUGUUUAGCCAGACCAUUUGUAAAGGUGAGACCAGGUUAGAGGCAGUUUAUGUAAUUAGUAACUGGUACCCAAUUCAUCACUCAGUAGAACACCUACUAUUCGCCUUUGGCUUUUAAAGUAAAGCACUAAUAUACAACACAGGCAAAUAAAAAGAUUGAAAUUCAGUGUUCUGUCAUUACUUGCCAAAAGCCAAAAUGGGUUCCAGCAAAACUGCAAGAAAGUUCCAGUAAAGCAGUUUAAAAUACACAAAUGAGCAGUGAAAUGAACUGCUGCGUGGCACUUGAGCCACCUAUGUGAUUCCAUAGCCUUUACAUAGAAUAAAUGGAAAAAGCAGAAUACAGAGCAGUGUAUGUUACGUACAAAUUCCCUGCUUUGUGCACACCAGCUUCUACCGUUUCAAGUUACUGGAGACUUCCCCUCCAUGUUAUUUACAUACCUGGAGGAGAUAACGAAUCUGCUGCUUUGUUGCCUCAGACAGUCCUUUGGGAAUUAAUUCUUCAAUAUCCUCAGUCUAAGCAAAGGGAGGAAGAAGGAGGCAUCUUGAUUAAGAAUUUUGCCUGGUUGAUCAUUAUAAAGUUUAUUAAUUAAUUACACACAGCUCUGCUAUGAAAAACAUGUUUAGCACAAGGCAAAUAAGAGUGAAAAUAGAUCAAAGUAUAUCCAGAAAAUUUCCAAAGUCUUACGUACGUGCGGCAUAUAAAAAAUGGAGAUAAAGUGAUAAAUGAAGUAUAUAUUUAAAUCUACAUUAAGCUUAACAUUUAUUUUAAAAGCAGCACUCAAAACAAUCCUCUCUUAAGAAAUAGCACUUAACUCUAUGCAACAGAGCUCCCAGCAGUUAAUGAUAAUGAGCAAAUCUCAUGUUUCUAAAUAAUGAAAAGACUGUCAACAAAUAAAUGAUGACCAAAGUUUUACAGGAGAUACUGACAGUGAUUAAGUGGUAUUGCUUCAUGUAAUUUAAUCCUGAACAAACACUUCUAUCACAAACAUUAACGACUUUAAAAAUAAGACAGUCCUGAUGAUUGUAUGCAUUAUGGCUGGAUUCCCACAAGUGAGCUGUCAGUAAAUCUAGAAAGUCAUUCUGUCGACUUAAGUUCCUCUCAUCACAGUGAGAUGAGUUUUCCUUACUUCUUGCAGUGCACAGCAGUGCAUGUUGCUAAGCAGCUGCUUUGUUGGCAAGAGAGUAAAACAUCCUUUGCAAAAAUGCAUACUGAAAAUAUAUGCAUCUCUGUAUGUUUUACAAUGAAACCAUUAUUGGCAUAACAGGAAAGACUUUCAAAAUUUGACUUGUUCUGGAAUAAUGCAAAUUAUUAAGGUUUCCUUCUUUCAGUAUUAUCACUCUUGCAAACACACACUAGCAGCAGGUUUCAGGCUCUGAAUGCUUUUUAAGCAGAAAUCUUGAACUAACAAAAGAUUGGCAUCUUUUAGUUAAACUUGCUUGGCCUAAUUUGUUCCCAAGAUCCACACCAUUCUUACUGAGACUUUCAGAGCACAGCUUUGUAAGUCCUUGCCUGAUGCUUACCUGACUUGUAAAUUCGAUGUCAUAGUUCCUGGAAAACAAACAAAAUGCAGUGGGCUGAUUAACACAAGACUUUGCAGAACUUGACCACUCUGACAGCUACAGAAAGGCUAUCUUCACAGUACAGAACAAGGAAGGUUCAUCAUGAGAUUAAGAGCUGUCACCUUCCCUGUAAGGCGACAGGCAGUGUGUUGUUAAAUGUGACUCCUUGUACAACUGUGUGAGGAGACUGGAAUACUAACAGCAGCACAGUCAACACAGGCUAACUCUGUCUGUAUCUCUGGGCAGUUAUCCCAGUUGUGGUUGGAUAAUCCAGUUCUUAAUUGGCUGGGAUGAUAUCUUUACCCAGAACUAAGCUGAAGUGUAUUGACAUGCAUCAAGUGUUUUCUUAGCAGUGCCAGGAUUUUUUGUGAUGUUUAAAUUCCACUCUUCCCAUGCUACAGAUCAGUUAUACUCAUUUCAGUGAACUUUGAAACCACAAAGUGAGAGACAGUGAGUGGGGAAUAGCAAAGUAAUGCUGACUGUGAGGGAAGGCUAAGGACAUUGUCGAGACUCGAAUCAACUUGCCAACAGUACUGUGCUCCCAACUGUGCAUUCCUAGGAUUUCUGGAAUACCAAAAUUCAAUAACAGACAUAAGGCCAAUACCUUCCUCCUAUCUUUUCCACGUGCUGUAGUAGACAGCUGUGCAGGUCGUUGGUCUUGCGGUUCAGUUCAGCAAGGAGCUCGCCAAAGUAGCGGCAGUCCAGCUGGUCAUUAUUCUCCUGAGAGCAAACAACGUAACACAAGAUAAGCAAGAAGAUCAUGACCCAUUCCCUUCCUUGGGAGGAAAGCUGAGUGUGAAAAUGCUACAAGUAUGAUGGAAUUGUUUUGUUUGCUCUUAUUAAUUUGCAAUUUGUUUAUACUGCUCUUCCUUGGUAUUGAGCAUUCCAUGUCUUCUGGUUUUCAGUAAAGUAUACAGAAAUAAAUUCCUCCUUUACAGCAACAAGAAAUAGGCAAAAUAAUAUCUUCUACAGCGAUGUUAUCAUUAUUAUUCUAAUACAGAAAGCGUAGAUAAUUAGUAAAUCAUCCUUUAAUGAUCUUUAAUCUUUCCAUGGCUGUAGUGGUGGGCAGAACACACGUGGACAGCACCCAGAAUUUACAGAAAGGCGCUGAUAUAAGCCACCUCCUUUUUCUUUUUUUUUUUAAACCCAGAAUUUUAAAGCACUUCCGAUUCAAGAUAAAAUGUUUACUUAAAUGAAUAAUAAAAGUGAAAACAGCAGCCUUAACUGAGUUUAACUAAGUUGUUUUAUGGGACUCUUGUCUAUGGAAAAUUCCACAUAAGGCCAAUAGAGAGGUCACCCAGUAUGUUAGUCUUGCCACCUGUAUGUUCAGCAUAUGCAUGGGAAGGGACUGCCACACCACCCCCAACCAAAACAGUACAGUACACCAACAGCUACCUCCAGCAGCUCCUCGGUUUGUGCUUUCAAUGAAACUAUGUCAAACACUUCCACAUAAAGUUAUUUCAAACCCCUACUGAGCAGUUCAGAUAGAAAGCAAUGCUGAAUUGACCUGUGUGCACUUUAUGAAGCGCUUUUUACCUACAUUUUACCAAAACUGGAAAGAAGCCUAAGUCUUGUGUUACUCAGCCUUUGUUGUACACUGACAGAUGAAACCUGACUGAAUCAAUGAGCAGCACUCCCAGAUAAAGGAAGAAAAAAGCACCACAACAAAGCAGCAAGCGUUGAUGGAUGCACUUCAGCACUUCACUGUUUAUACUUACAGUGGGUACAUAAUGCUUAAUUACCACGCUAUGAUUCUGAAUGUGGGCUUUUGAGAGCAGAAAUCAGUAAUUUUAUCUAUCUGUGAUGUUCUGUACUCUCUGUACAAAAACACUGCGAAUAGUAAAACAUUAAGGAAAUGAUUCUUACCUGUUCGCACAUUUGAACUGUCACCCUCCUCACUGUAUUUCCUCUGCAGUCGUCGGUCACAGAGACUGGCAUUACUUCACAGGGGCUGCCGGUCUGUGUUUGCUGGCACUGGUGUGUGACUGGGGGCUGCUCUUGCUGCUGGCAGGGCUGGAUGGCAUGGCACUGAUCAGACGGCUGCGGAAUCUGACACUGGUGGGAAAAUUGGUACUGCUUCUCCUAAAACAGGAGUGAAUUUUUUUAAGCUGCUGAACACGUCUUAAUGAGAUGGAAGCAUAAUAAAAAUACAGCAAUGAAUGAAAGGUGUUUUUGUAUUGAAAGACUGCUUUGGGUAUUUUAAUAAUGUUAAUAAAAUUGCUUUUUCUUACUAUUUGAA